GGACUUAACUUAAUAUUUUUAAAUUUAAGUGUUACCUUAUAUAUAUAAAUAUAUAUAUAUAUAACAUAGAGAUAAUUAAGAUGGAAGUGAAGAAAGGUUCAUUAUCGUGGGAGAAUUUAAAGUAUGAGUUACAUCCAUGGUUAAAAGAUGCUAUAAAAUCUAUGGGAUAUCCUACGAUGACUCCAGUACAAGCAUCUACAAUUCCAUUACUUAGUGGAAAUAAAGAUGUUGUAGUUGAAGCUGUGACUGGAUCAGGAAAGACUUUGGCAUUUACUAUACCUAUAUUACAGAAAGUUUCUGAUAGAUUAUAUAAAGUUGAUAAUGAAGAUGAAACUCCUGAACCAGUAAAGCGAGGUCAUAUGUUAGCAUUAAUUCUUUCACCAACAAGAGAAUUAGCUAGUCAAAUACAAUCAGUAAUUAAUUCAGUCAUAGAAUAUUUACCGGAAGAUAAAACUCCUAUUAAGACUCAAUUAUUAGUUGGAUCAUUAACUGGAGUUAGAGAAGAUAUUGAUGCAUUUUUAAAUAAUAGACCCCAGAUUUUAAUAGCAACUCCAGGUAGAUUAUUAGAUUUCUUAUCUUCUAAUUAUGUUAAAACAAAUUCAGUAGAAAUAGCUAUUCUAGAUGAAGCAGAUAAAUUACUUGAUUUUUCAUUUGAAAGGGAUGUUGUUAAUAUUUUAAAACGUUUACCAAAGCAACGUCGUACAGGUUUAUUCUCAGCAACUAUUUCUGCUGCUGGUGAUACUAUUUUCAGAACUGGUAUGAAUAAUCCAGUUAAAGUUGUUGUCAAAUCCAAAUCAUCUCAUAAUUCAGCACCUAAAUCUUUACUGAUAUCAUAUUUACCUAUAAAUCCUGAACAUAAAAUUACAACAUUAAUAAAACUUUUAAAUGAUUAUAAGUAUAAGAAAUGUAUUGUAUAUUUUCCAACUUGUACAGGAGUGAAAUAUUUUUAUAAUGUUUUCCAUAAAUUAAUAAGAGAUAAUAAUAAUGAUAAUUUAAUUCAAUUUGUUUCAUUACAUGGUCAACUUUCUACCAAAGCUAGAUUACGUGCUAUUCAAACGUUCUCAGAGGGUGAUGCAGCACUUAAGAAAUUUGUAUUAAUGACGACUGAUGUUGCAGCAAGAGGUAUUGAUAUCCCAGAUGUCGAUUUAGUCAUUCAAAUAGAUCCUCCUACAGAUCCUGAUGUAUUCUUACAUAGAUGUGGUAGAACUGGUAGAGCAAAUAAAGUAGGACAAGCUAUUGUUAUGUUAAAUGAAGGUUCAAGAGAAGAAGAAUAUGUUGGAUUUAUGGAAGUUAAAGGUGUUAUACUAUCUGAAAUGAAAUUACCUCCAAUCACAACCAAAUAUCAUGAAGAAUUUCAAAAUAAAUUUAGAAAUUAUUUACUUGAAGAUAGAGCUCGUCAUGAAUUAGGUAUUAAAUCUUAUGUUGGAUUUGUUAGAUAUUAUACAAAACAUAUGGCUUCAUCUAUAUUUAGAUAUCAAAGUUUACCAUAUAUUCCAAUUGCUAAAAUGUAUGGAUUAUUAAGAUUACCAAAAAUGCCAGAAUCAAAAUAUGUACCGAAUGAGGAAAUGCCUGAAGAUGGAUGGUUAGGAGAGGUUAUAGAUAUGGAUACAUAUGCAUAUGCAGACGAACAAAAAGAGAAAUCUAGAGUAGAAAAUCUUGAAGCUGAUAAAUUAAGAAAGAUAUCUGAAGCCAAAAGAAGAAAAGAAUUGAAGAUUAAGAAUGAGGCAUGGUCUACUAAAGUUGAAACAAAAGAAACUAGACAAGAAAGGAGGGAAAAGAUGAAGAGGAAAAGAGAAGCUAUAGAAAAGCAAAUCAUGGAGGAAUCUUCUGACGAUGAAGAAACUCAAGAAGAUUGGAAAGAAGUGGUUAAAAGUAAUAAAAAGAAGAAAACUUCUGCUGUACAAGGAUCAUUUGACGAUUUAUAGAUAUAUACAUAUAUA